AGCUUCUCCAAUGAUAGACUGCAACAGACAUAUAUAUACUCCCUUGCCUGUUCUAGUUUCCACGGAUACGUGAAUAUAAGUUCUCUGUGCCAUUACCAAAAGAUCAACGAAAAUGGCGUCUGACCAAGGUCGGGAUCGGCAACGUAGGCUUUUCCGGUAGUGUCUGUUGCCAAAUUACAAGCCAAUUGCUACUGGGAACAAUAUCGCACUGCCAGAGAUAUGAUAUUUAGCUGCCAAGUGGGGCAAAAACUUAGCAGCAUAGAUGAAAAUCCAAUUCCUCAACCAGAAGAUCCUGUUUACUCAUCGGAGGAGGAGGCCACGCGGGACACAGCUAACGAAGAGAGCAAGGAGGAGAAGAUACCCCAGGAUUUCAUGGCGAAGAUGAAUACAAAGGUGAGCAAGGAGGAGAAGAUACCCCAGGAUUUCAUGGAGAAGGUGAAGACAAAGGUGAGCAAGGCGAUUACUAAACGGCCCCCAGAGCCGCCAACCAUCUGUGAGGUCCCCGGGGACCUAACGGACGGAAACAAGGGCGCCUACACCCCCAAAGUGGUCUGCAUCGGCCCGCUCUUCGACAGCCACCGCAGCACGGCCAGCAUGCUCAGGCUGGAGAAGUACAAGUGGUGCUGCGUCCGCAAGCUCAUCGUGGGGCGCCAGCGGCACGUCGCCGCCACCAGGUGGUCGCCGGAGGUACACGAGCCGCUGCUUCUCGAAUGCUUCAGAAAGAUGAUGCGGCUCGUGCCGCGAGUUCGUGCCGCCUACAGCACCAUUUCUUCUUCUUCUUCCUCCUCCAACGACGACGUCUUGGCCUUGGGCGGCACGAGCGACGAGCAGCUGGCUAUGAAGAUGCUUCUGGACGGCUGCUUCGUCCUCCGACGCCUGCUCAAGUUCGACCGGGUAGCGAAACUAGGAUCCAGCAACAAUGUUGUCAAGGACCGGCGCGACGAAGAUGAAUUGGACGAGUGGAGCCAGAUGAUGGGCCGGUGCUGGGUGUGGGGAACCGUGAAGCGCGACCUACUGCUGCUGAGCAACCAGGUCCCCUUCUUCGUCCUCAGGAAGCUCUCCAAGCACCUCAGUAAUACUGGCAAUGGCGGCGACCUCGUCAACGGCGGCCUCCAGCUGCUGAGCUCGCUCUAUCCUCGCCGUCUGAACUCGGCACCCAUCGCCUGCAAGGGCGUGCACCACCUGCUCCACCUAUACUACCUCUCCAUCGACUUCCCGAGGGACUUGGAGACGCCCAAUCGUCCCAAUGAGCCACUACUGCUGGAGCCAGAGGCUGAGCUCACGUGGUGGCUGCCGUGCGCCAAGGAGCUAGAGGAGGCCGGCGUUGUGUUCAUCCCACGGACACGGGAGCAGGGCGCCACCAGCUUCCUGGACGUCAGGUUCCAGGGAGGCAACCUAGAGAUCCCGCCGCUGCAACUAUACGACUACAGCGAGCCCCUGUUCCGGAACCUCAUCGCCUUCGAGCAGACAUACCCGGGCACGCCGGGCCGCAUCACGGCGUACUUCAUCUUCAUGGACUGCCUCCUCAAGACGGCCAAGGACGUGCGGCUCCUCCACCAGAGCGGGGUGCUGGUCAACCACAUGAAUGGCGAUAGGGCUGACACGGCCGUGGAGUUCUUCAGCCGCCUCUGCGCGGAGGUGCACACCUCUGCAAACCGCAACUACCUCGCCGGCGUCAUGGAGGACGUCGCUAGGUUCCAGAGAGGGAGCUGGCCCCGCUGGCGUGUCGCCCUGGUGAGCGGCUACCUCACCAACCCGUGGGUGAUAACUUCCGUCGUCGCCGCCGCUGUCGUGCUUGCCCUUACUGUGCUGCAGUCGUACUACUCCGUCGCCAGCUACUACAAAUAAUUAAUUAAUGAAUUCCUUUAUACUCCUUCUUUUUCAUAAAGAAUGGUGCACACGCUUUUCGAGGUGGAACUUUACUCAACAAUUAAGCCAGUAAUAUGUACAUUAUAUGUAUAAAUUUAUAUUGUUGGAAACGUUUUUUAAA